UUUAUUUACGAUAGAAAAUGUUUCACUUAUAAAGAUUCAUUACUUUAAAAGAAUUAUCUUCGUUGUUAUAAAUUCCUUCUAAUAUUUGAAAGAAAACUAACAAAAUCAUGAUUAGAUAAAAAUUACUGUACGUUAAAUGUGGAAAUGACAACUGUUUGUUUUGAUCUGAUAAGUCACAAAAAAUAUUUAAAUAGUUACUAAAUCUUUAAAAAAUGGAAGGCGGUGAGUGGAGAAAAGACAUAAUAAAUCAAUUGCAAUCACGAAACAAACGUGAAACCAGCACAUUUCAGGACAUCAUAGCGUUUCAAAGCAGACUCUUUGACAAUGUUAGUACCCUGAAAAAUGAAAAUCUACAGUUGACAUUGAUGAAUGAGAGAAUGCGAUAUUCUAACAAUGAGAGUGUUUCAAGUGGAGGAAAUCCUUCAUUUGAGAAAAUACAAGCUAUGGAACAAAGGAUUCUAGCUCAACAGGAAGAAUUGACUUCAUUGCACAGAACAAGAGGUGAAAAUGCACAGGAGAUAAUAAACCUUAAUGCAAGGGUGCGGGAAUUGGAAAAAAGUUUACAAUCAAAGGAUAUACUAAUUUCAGAAAAUAUGGCACUAAUAGCUUCACUACGAGCUGAAAUACAGAUGUAUGAUACAAAUAUGAAUGAACUACAAGGCUUGAAUCAAAUGUUGAGAGACGAACAUCAAGCACUGCAGAUUGCAUUUGCUUCGAUAGAGGAAAAAUUGAGGAAAGCUCAGGAUGAAAACCGUUCGCUCGUCGAGAGACUUAUUAAGUACAAAGCCAAAGAUGCCGAUAAAAUGAAUGAAGAGAACGAACAUUUCCUAAAGUCAAACAACCCUACUGCGUUUUUCAUCAACACGUUUGGUAGAGUUAGUUUCGGAAAAAAAAGUGACAAAGUUCGCAAAGAGUUAGAAGAAGCGGCUAGAGAAGGUUGCAGUCGGGGUAGUGACGGUUCGGGCGGUAGCGUUGAUGACAAGAUAAUGGAUUCAAUGCCAUACUACGCAACCACUUUACCCACUAAAGUUUUAUCAAGUUUUGACGCUCACGACGGCGAGGUGAAUGCCGUCAAAUGGAGUCCUACUGACCGCUUAGUGGCGACCGGUGGAGCGGAUAGGAAAGUUAAAUUAUGGGAUGUCUCUAAAAUGGGUCUGGUAGAAAACAAGGGUGCGUUGGUGGGUUCGAAUGCUGGUGUGAUGUCUGUUGACUUUGAUGCCACCGGCGUCUACAUAGUUGGGGCCUCGAACGACUUCGCGAGUCGCGUGUGGACUGUCGGGGACCAACGGCUAAGGCAUACUCUAACGGGGCACAGUGGAAAAGUGAUGGCAGCGAAAUUUCUCGGAGAACCUACAAAAGUAAUUUCUGGAAGCCAUGAUCGAACGUUAAAAAUAUGGGAUCUUCGAAGUAGAAUGUGUACAGAAACCAAAUUCGCAGGAUCAUCUUGCAACGAUCUGGUGACUUCAGACGGCGCAGGCUCUACCAUCAUCUCAGGACAUUUUGACAAACGGAUACGCUUCUGGGACAUACGCACAGAGAUGUCGGCCAACCACAUCAUGCUCCAGGGCAAAGUCACAUCGCUCGACCUCAGCAGAGAUAGCAACUAUUUGUUGGCCUGUGUCCGAGAUGAUACUAUACAGCUUAUAGAUUUGCGAAUGAACAACAUUGUACGGUCUUUUAGUCACGAGUCGUUUAAGGUGGGUUGCGACUGGUCGCGGGCGGCGUUCGGGCCGGGCGGGCGGUUGUUGUCAGUGGGCGCGGCUGAUGGAGCCGCUUAUGUAUGGAACACACACUCUGGCAGAUUGGAGGCCGUUCUGAAGGAUCAUACGUCAGCGGUAACAGCAGUAUCUUGGCAUCCACAAUCAGGACUGUUAGCAUCAGUCGAUAGAGGAAAACGUGCAGUCAUUUGGGGUGAUUUGUGACAGGCGGAGGAGCACGAUACACUGCCACAGCUUAAACAGGUGUGUCAUAACGUCGUGGUGUCUAAGGAGGAAGGGAACGAGGUGUUCGAUUUCCUAAGAGGCAUCACCACCGACAUUCUUCAUAAAUUCACAUAACACCAACAAACACUUUGUCCAAGUGUUAACGAACUUGAUACUUUCGUAUUAUAAUAUUACGAUAAAAUAAAACAAGAUGGCCGUUACUAUUUAUUGUAAUAUAUGUACACGAACUACGAUAAAUUAUUAUAUAUAUAUAUAUAUAUAUAUAUAAAUAAUUUGAUUUGAUGUGUGUGAUACCAACACAGAAAUAAAUAUAUUUCCUUUUCAUAUUAUAUUGCUACCUCUUUUCUCCAAUUUUUUUUUUCAUUAUUAUAACGUUACUUUAUCUCAUGUGUAUGAAAAUUUUGUUGUUUUAUAGAUAAACUACAUUUUAUAUGUAAACUUGACUCGGGUUAUGUUUGAAUAAAAUCGGAGGAAACAUAAACGUGAUAUUCCCAAACCGCAACAAUGGCAGUUAGUAGCUAGGACCAAUUUAGAUGAUCGUGAUAGGAGUAUUACAAUGCGACAUUUUCAAAUUUAGAUUACAAUGAGCCAUAAAUUUAUUUGGCGUCGUAUGUUAUUGUGGACGUGACGUGAUAUUUGUUUUAGUUAUAGGGUGGAUCACGAGCCACCUGCCACGAGCCACCGCAUUAGCAAACAAUCGAUGUAACAACUGAGGUAAGCUUCUCAUAAUGAAUUCAAUGUAAAAUUCAGUUUAAUGUAGCUUUUGAUAGAUGUUAGACGGACCGUGUUAAUUAUAACGUGGUUUUUGUAAACUGUCUCGUAAAAUUUCGUUAUUGAGCUGUUUAUUCGUGAAAGCAAUCACGCCGCGUAACUAAAACACUCUGAAUGGUGAUGGAAAUGUUCUUGGUUUGUGUGAUACUUUUUGUUGAUUAAUUGAUAAUGGACCAAUUUUGUUUUUAUACAUCAUAAAUACUGAUUUCUUUGGAUAAACGUAUUGAUUUUUUAUAUGCAAUACGUGUACUUUUAAAAAGUAAGCUUUGAACCUUUAAAUAGGUUUAUUUGUGAUGUUUUAAAGAGUUUCUCGUUGUAAAUUUAGUAUGAAUGUUUCGAGACAAUCGUGUUUGUUAAUAAGGACGUACAAUGGUACCAUUAUCGCCUCAAGCGACACAUCCAUAAUCCCGUGACGCUUAUUUUGACUGACGCUCGCCCACUUUUUACCUGUGUUUUUUCCGCAUUUUUUAGACGCCCGUCCAACGACCCCACGCCAUUUGUAAGCGCUAUUUUCACAUGUAAUUACGCGUAUAACAGACCGCUUAAUUACCCGAAACCUCUGCGACGAUGGCAACUGGAAUUCGAUCAAAAAAAACAUAAUCCGGGGCCGCAAUUAAGCUUCGUUAUAUUUGACUUUUAAUCAAAUCUAUUUUACGUGAUAUUCCAAGAUGGCGCCUCUCUCUACAUUGGAAACAUUUCUUGCCAAAAAAACAUGUCAUAUGUUAAAGUUGUUAAAUUACUUGUAAUUCUUUAAUAAAACUAACAUUUACAUAACGGUAUGUACAAUCACAUUUAAAACAUCGUUAGCUACGUCUAAAACUAGUCACAUAAGUUUUUUUUUUUAAUAUUUAAUGUAUUCUAUUUUGACACUUAUUUAUAAUUUAAAUCUUUUAGGCAAAGAUCGCAAAGUAAAGAAUGAGUGUAUAUGUCAUCCGUAUAAACAUAUAUUUAUUUAACGUCUUCCUUAUACAAACGUAAUGCAUGGGUGAGAAUAAUUAAAAUGACACUGAACCGUUGGAUAGACGUGUUAUUUAUCGAUACUCAAAAGUGAUUAGGAAAUGAUUAUUUAAAUAUAUAUUUGACUGACGAUCGGUUAAAUAAUAAAUGGAGCCGCGUGUUAUUCAUACGCACAUUUUAAAGUUAAAUCAACAACCGUGUGAGACGAAUAAUAUGAAUCACUGCUAUAACUGUAAAUUCUUGUAUAGAAUAUGCAAAUUAAUUCUAGCUUUUAUCUUUUUUAAUAUAACAUCGGCUGUUUGGCUGGAAACAUGUGCCUUUAUUAGAGUUAUUGAUAAAUGAAGUACUUAUGUAUGUUAUAUUGAUUUUUACUACUUUGCCUUUUAUAUUCAGAUAUUAAAGAGCGCGUAAUAUUUAAGUAAUUAUUAUUUUUUAAUCUGUCCGCGCUAGAUGUGUCAUAUAGUUUAUUUAAAAACCACAGAUUAUGUAUUGUGUGCACAUCACAUAUAAUAUUAUAAUUUUAUAAAAACUAUAUUUUUUUUUCGUCAAAAUUUUUUUUGUUAAAACUUUAAUCAUUUACACUUUUUUCAUUUUAUUUAUGUACCGAGUUAGACUUAUAGAUUUAUAUACUUAGUAAUAGUUUCGUAAUGUUUUUAGUUUCGUUCUAGUUUGACAACACAAAUUGUUGUACACUGUCAUGAUAAUCCGUUAAAAGAAGUAUCAUUAAGGAUGUUUAAGACGCUCGAUUCAUAUUUCAUAUUGACGCCAUAAUUAAUUAUAUGCGGAUGUUAUAAUUAGUAUUAUGUCGUUUUUGUAUGAGACGUCAAUCAAAAUCGGUUGUAAAUUUUAUGAAAAAAAAAAAUUCUAAAAUGUUAUUUAUAUAUAUUUUUUUUGAGUUAGACUCCAAAUUUUUUGGCUGUUACGUUUUGUAUGAUGGCUUUAAUUUGUAAAGUGAAACUUUUUGAUGUAGUACACUUAUAUUAUUAUAUGUAUAUAAAAGCAUAAUAAUAUACUUGUAAUGUGAAUGCUGAAUUGUUACAUUAUAAGUAUUGAUGAUCGUAUAUUGUAAUGUUUUCAUACUUUAAUAUUUUUAUACACAUAUAUAAUAAAGAAAUGCUAUUUACAGUAAACAGAUCUAAACAUCAAUAGCGUAACGGCUGACUGAGGUUUUUAUAAUCACUUUUGACUAGUCGUUUAGCUAUUGUUAUACUCUAAGAAGCAUUUCGUUUAGAUGAACAAUCUUUAUUUAGUGUUAAUAUUAUUGUAUGUUUUUUUUUUAUAUCGGUUAAAGUUUAGUCAUGAUUUCUACGAGUCUCCGUUAAUAAGACGUGGUGCGCAAAUAAAUAAGUACAUUCUGA